UACUUGUUUUGUUGUGGCGUAAUCGAAUCUGUGAUUUUGAGCCUGUUUAGAGAAUUGUUUUCCAAAGUUUCUAACAUAUCUGUUUAUAUUUUGUUUCGAGAAGAGUUGGCGGCUGACCACUAUCUCUAGAUGGAACCGGUACAAUGUAACGAAUCGAAUCAAUCUACUGCUACAUCUGUACGUGACAUUCAGGAUGCAAACAAGACCGACGCCGAGCAGAUUUCAACCGGUUGCGAAAUGCUUCUAGCGAAAUUCAACGACCUUAAUUUGGCUCAAAGUUCGGCUGAGUAUUAUUCUCUAGCCGACCGAAAUGCCAGCACUCUACGAUCUUUUGGAAAUACUCUGGGUCAAGCGCGAAUAUUCCGAGCUCCGAUUGGCAACGAAUAUAUAAAAAAGAAGAAGCCAACGGCAGGAAAAAUCAAUGAGCUCAGGUUUUCCGCUCGUUUCACCCUGCAAUCUAUGGACAUAAAACUGCACAGCGAAGGCUGUCUGCUUCUGGUGAACAAUGAUUUUAUGGCAAAAAUUUCAAUCCAACAGCCGGGGCUACUAGAAGAUACACGCGACUUUGAGCAUGCGAAACAAGUCCUGCUGGAACAGAUUCGGGUUGUGGAAGUGUAUUAUAAUGAUCUUCUGAUCGAGCGAAACCGUCUCAGGGAUGAGUUCUUACAAACCCUCGAAAAUGUUGGAUCGAAUUCGGCAACGUACUGUGAGUUCGCACUGGACUGUAUGGAGCUAAACAGAUUGGUUGAAUUGGAAAUUUUCGAGAAAGGCUUACCGUAUCUUAGCGGUUAUCGUGUCGUGUGUGAAGAAAUUGUCAAACGACAGUUGUUUUCUGGUCAGGUAACAAAAAUCGCAGCCGAGCUGUAUGAUGCCGAGUGUGCUCUGUCGAGACGUUCAGAGCUUCUUCCUAGCAUUGGAGCCCUAUUCAACACGAAUUCAUCGGAGUUCGUGGAAACUCUUCAGCAGUUUCACUCAACUGCCGUUGAUGGUCACCGAAAGUAUUUGCUGCGAGCAGCUCCUGCAUGUUUGCUGCUGCAUCAUUUCCAGAAUCUUCCUUCGGCACGAAUUUUGUUGAUCAGUGGUAGUGAUGUGGAACUUUUUGCGAACUUAACAACCAUUCUGAGAUACGAUAUUUUUCAAAAACCGUUGAAGAAGUUGGCAAACCGUUUCAUCGAUAAAGUGAAUGCCAUGAAAAUUUGUCAAUUUCCGCGGAAAAGCUCUCUGACUAAUCCGAUUUUUAUUCUUUUGUGUAAAUUUCUGCAGGAAGUAAUCAUUGAAUUCAGCGGAAAAAUAAACGUGAAGCCAUCGGAACUAAUUAAAUAUGAUGCGACUGGUUGGAAAUCGGGUUAUGACGUAAGAAAUUUGGAAGACAACUUAACAAAAUGUUUACAACGAGAAUAUCAUUUUGUUUUGAAGCUAUUGAAUCACUUUGAACCGGGUUCGAUCAUCAGUAGCAAGCCAUUUGAGUAUGAGCCGAGGCUGUUGGUAAACGAAUCAAUUCAAAACUGUCAAACUGUGCAAGAAUCAUUCAUUUGGUACUGUCUGUUAGAUGAUGCCCUUUCAGCAAUUGCAAGCAGAAAUGAACUUGCGGAUUAUGGAAAAAUAUUGCAGGUAUAUACUACCUUGAUUCAAGAAGCAAACCGUGAGCAGCUGGAAAUCGUUCCAGUUGUGAAUCACAGUUUGGUGCAUUUUAUCGCUGGUACCAUCGGAAUUUUCGAACAUGAAGAAGAAGUUGAGUUGGUAAUUAACCGGCAGAUACUACAGAAGCAAGCUCUCGGAAAUCGGUUGCCAGGAUUGAACUGUCAACUAGAUUAUGAUUCAUUUGAACAUUUCGUCACUAGUAAAACGGAACCGGUGAGUAGUGCAGUGAACAAUAGUAAAUCUGUCGAUGAUAUGAAACGUCGAAUUGGGUACAAAAUAUAUCGACUUAACAGUAAUUGGAUGCAGUGUGAAAUGGACUUGGACAUGACGCUUGCUAACUGUGCUGAAUUGAAUGGGUUUUGCGAAGAGCAAAAAGCAUUCCAGCAAUAUUUAGAUCAGUAUCAGCAAUACAUGUCACUAGCAGAGGACGUUAGAAUCGAUCGAAUAGUAGAAACAUUGAAGACAACCACUAAACCGCUGCAUUUUAAACCUUGGGAUCAGCAGUUCAAGCAGGAUCAGCUUCCAAAAAUCCUCGCUGGCAUCGCAGCUUUGUGGUUCACCUUGGCCUACGAAAAGGACUCCAAAGCAGGAGUAUUUGGAACUAUUUUCAGUAAUACUAAGAAAUCUUCAAAGGAAAAUCUCUGCGGUGUUAGGAAAUGGACGGCAAUGCCCUCAGUAUUCGAUUGCUCGAUGCUUCGAUUCGAUAAGAUCGACAAUGUAUGUAGGUUGUUGGAGCACACUGCCUGGAUGAACUGCAUUCUCGAUAAAGCGCGCGCAGUUCUUGAGUCCCAUCGCUCGGUGAUAAUAGUAUUCGAACGUCCAAAGCAACUGAUCGAGUUUCAAACCGACCACGGCAAGCAUUUCGAUCGGCUUAACGCUCUGUCCGACGAUACUCCUGACGUCGAGAAACAACGAAUUAUCCAGGAGGCGGGCGUUCCAGGAACCGUUACUCUGCUAACAUUCGAAACGGUUCCGGGAGUGGAUUACAAUUCUAGUCAGGCCGUGGAGAAGGCUGGUGGGAUACACGUGAUUCAAACAUUCUUGUCUUGGGGUCUCAAGAGGGAGAAUCAGAUUAAGGGACUAACUGCCAGAAAUGGAAACGGUGGCAGCUAUGAGAUGAUUGCUUGGGAGGCGAAUGAAGUUUCGUACAGUAGUAUUGAGGAACAUAGGAAAAUAUAUGCUCAGUAUCAUAAAAAUGUGGGUUUCCUAACCCACAUGAUUAUGUCGGCUGGUGGGAGGGAUUUUCUACGAACAACAAUUGAUUAG